CAAGCUGCAAGCUCAAGAGCAAGAGUAACUCGAAUACUUACUAUUGGCUUAUGAUUUCCAACUCCUGACAAUGGCAAAAUCUGAAGCAAGUGAUGGAGAAUGGGUCGAGGAGGAGCAUCUUAUGUUGGUGGAGUUGACUGGAGUGCUUGAUUAUCAGUACUUUGCCAAGUCGGACAAAGUUUGCAAGUUAUUGGGAAUUGGAACAGAGAAUCCAGUCUUACAGAUAGGAAAUUAUGUCUUCAAGGGAGAAUAUAAAAAGACUGUGGGUACAGCUGUCUUCUUUGAACAAGAGAAAGAUGAUAGCAAAGACUGGAGUUACAAAUGCUGUACAAAUAAAAUGCUGGAGAUGAGAAGAGUCUUUCUGCAACCUAAAGAAAAUGUGACGGGUAAGGCAUUUGAUUUUAGGAUGUAUUUCACUCUCUGUAAUUUUUACCUCUCAAAGUAUAAUACCUGAAAUUUGUACCAAGUUACAAUUACAGGGUAUGGAUAUAUCAUGGGUAGCAUCAUCAGUAUUAAUACUGUUCUCCUGGGGGCUUGCUAUCAUAUUAUUAUCUUGGCUUUAGCCUAGCUUACAUGAA